AAUGAAAUGAAAAAUGUGAUACUACCUGUGGAGCGAAGCGAAAUGCGACCGGAUUGUUGAGUGCGGAAGUUCUGUUACGUUAAGGACGACGAAUAGCUGGCUAGCUAACCUCGGUAAAUUAAGAUAAUCACUCUAAAACUACACACUCUAAACUACACAAUUAUCUUGGAUACGAAGACAGCAAAGACAACUAUGUAGCUAGCUAACACUACACUAAUCAAGUCGUUCAGUUGAGUGUAAGUUGUGCUGCUAAUCGGUAGACGGUGGACUAGCUAACGGUAGACGUUAGCUAGCUAGCUAGCUGCAGGGCGGUGUAGACUGCGUUAGGACGACGAAAUACGAUAAUUACGCAAUUAUCUAUGAUACAAAGACGACUAUGUAGCUAGCUAAGAAGAAAAAUUGCUAAGAUUAGACAAAUCAAACCGUUGUACUAUAAUGAAAUGUAAUGAAAUGUAAUACUACCUGCGGACCGAGUGCAGAUGCGACCGCUCGCUCCAACCCGGAGGCUCUCAUUUAAGAAUGAUGGAGGCCACUGUGUUCUUUGGGACCUUCAAUGCAGCAGAAAUUGUUUUGUACCCUCAACACAAUCCUGUCUCGGCGCUCUAUGGACAAUUCCUUCAACAUCAUGGCUUGGUUUUUGCUCUGACAUGCACUGUCAACUGUGGGACCUUAAAUAAACAGGUGUGUGCCUUUCCAAAUCAUGUCCAAUCAAUUGAAUUAACCACAGGUGGACUCCAAUCAAGUUGUAGAAACAUCUUAAGGAUGAUCAAUGGAAAACAGGAUGCACCUGAACACAAUUUAGAGGUUCAUAGCAAAGGGUCUGACUACUUAUGUAAAUAAAGUAUUUAAUCUUUUUUUUUUUAUAAAUUAGCAAAAAAGACUAAAAAUCUGUUUUCACUUUGUCUUUAUGGGGUAUUAAAAUCUAUCACUUGAUGGUUUCAUUUAAGAAAACAAAUCAUCACGUUUUUUUUCUGUGUGCAAAAUGCUGCUAUACAUCUGCCUCAUCUCAGAGAAAUCAGUAGUACUGAUUGUGGUACUGGUUUUACCCAGUCAAAUGUAACAAACAACAAACGUUUUAAUAAAGAACUGUACAAAUGAUUCGUUUGUGACAUCAAUAUUAUAAAAUGUACAAAAAUAUAUAUAUAUAUGUACAGUAAUAUGAGAUACGUAUGUAAACAUUUAUUUUUUUAAUUUAGCAGAUGUUUUUAUCCAGGGCCCUGUUUUCCAAAAUCAUCUUGAGGCUCAGUUCAUCGUUAGAACCUUUGUAGGUGCCAUCUCUGAGCUGUUGCCGAAAACGGCCAAAAGGCCAAAACUUUAAUAGAUUUCACCAUGUGAAACAUUAUGGAGUAAUAAACUAUGCAACCAUUUCUGUGUUUUUUUGGGUAAUAUGAACAUCCACUUGAGUCGGGUGUCAGGUGGCUUUUACUGGUUCCAUUUCUGUAUUUGACCACUAGGGGGAGACAUUGACAACAGUAGCCCUUCACCCUGAGGACCAACCUGUAUAGUCUACCACACUUUCUCUCAUUAGCACCACCAGCUGAAGAGAGUUCUCUCCCUAAGUGUCUUCCCCUGCUCUAUAUCACGUGUCAGACUCCACAGAGGGCAGAGUGUCUGCAGGUUUUCACUCCUUCUUUGUACUUGUUUGAUUAAUUAAGGUCACUAAUUACUAAGGAACUCCCCUCACCUGAUUGUCUAGGUCUUAAUCGAAAGGAAAAACCAAGAAGCAGCAGACACUAGGCCCUCCAUGGAAUGAGUUUGACACCCCUGCCCUACAUGAACUUGUCCAUUGUCUUUGUAUGGUUAUUCUGAUGAAAGUAAUGGUGAGCGAUGGUUGCGCAUUUUCCUUUUCAAUGAGGAUAGAAUUCUGGGGUUGGACCUCGACUCACACUGGUUGAGCACCCUCCACCUCUUUCCAGUCUAAACAUCAUGAAAUAAAUUGAGACAAAUUACAGACAGCAGUUUAAAAGUAGCAAAUAAAACUGAAUUGAUUGAACAUGAAAUGUAUUUCAAUAUGAAUGAAAAGCGUCUGUAGCUGUAACUGUUUUAUAUUUUAAUCUCAGUUUUCAUUUGAAGCAUCAUUUUUCACGUCGCUUGUUUGUAUCAAUCGCAAAGACUUUGGCAACUUUGUAUUUGUAGUCAACUUUGUUCUGAAGUUAUCGGUGGUCACUGAGAGACGGAUAAACCAUGUGAUAUUAUGUUUAGCAGAGAUCUUCUGUGUUCAAAGUGACAAUGCACUUAGCUGUUCUACGAGUGGUGUGAGGCAGGCGUUACAUUAAGAGCGUUUUCAAGUAAAACAUUAAUAACGAUUGUCUUGGGAAAAAUCUCUGUUACGAAUUCCCUGUGGUAACUGUUAUCAGCACCUCACAACCCCAAGCAGUACACUCCACUCCCAACCCCCCAAGAGCCUGAGAGUCUAGGGGGAACCAUAAACCAGCUUCUCAAAAUGUGCCCUGAAAGGUUGCUAGGCAGGUUGCUAGGGGGUUGCUAGGGAGUAUGCUAGGGUGGUUGCUAGGGAGGUUGCUAGGGACGGGACAUCUGCCCAUCAUCGUGACUCUGCAGGUUACACAAUAUUCUCAGUCUCCCUCAAGCAGUGACAGAGAGCAACAUCUCUGCCCAUCCAACAGCUGGACUCAAUAACAUCUUUCUGGACUUAUGGGAUGGUGUGUGUUCACAAACCCAAUCAAGCAGGAGAGACCAGCCUCCCCUGUACCCAGCUGUGUGUCCAUGAAGAGUGACCGGUCUAUGACGCAUUCUAUAGUGUUUAGAGAGGGAGACUUUUCUACUGAACAAAGAGACCAACAGGAGACAUCAGAGUCAGAGAUUCUUAGUGGUCAGUCUUCCCAGAGUCAUCAAACAGGUCUGGACUCCAUAUUCAGUUUGCUUGAAGAGAAUUUGAUGACAUUUGUGAACAACGAGCUGAAGAGGUACAAGAGGAUUCUUAGUCCAGAAUUCCCAGAAGGCUUUGAGAGUCAGAAGCAGGAUAAGGAAGUGGUGGAUGCUGAAGAUGAGAAGCAGGAGAGCAGUGCCAGAGAGGGGGCUCUGAAGAUCACACUGCACGUCCUGAGGAAAAUGAACCAGAAGGAGCUUGCUGACACACUGGAGAAAAAUGAGCUUGCUGUGAUUUGCCAACGUGAACUCAAAUCUAAUCUAAAGAAGAAGUUUCAAUGUGUAUUUGAGGGGAUCGCUAAACAAGGAAACCCAACACUUCUCAAUAAGAUCUACACAGAGCUCUACAUCACAGAGGGUGGAACAGGAGAGGUCAAUAAUGAACAUGAGCUGAGACAGAUUGAGACAACAACCAGGAAACAAGCAAGACCAGAGACUGCAAUCAAAUGUAACGACAUCUUCAAACCCUUAACUGGACAAGACAAACUUAUCAGAACUGUGCUGACAAAGGGAGUCGCUGGCAUUGGAAAAACAGUCUCUGUGCAGAAGUUCAUUCUGGACUGGGCUGAAGGAAAAGCAAAUCAGGAUGUCCAAUUUGUAUUUUCAUUCCCUUUUCGGGAGCUGAAUUUGAUGAAAAGGGAAAAACACACUUUGAUUGAACUUCUCAAUCACUUCUCAAUGGAAACCAAAGAAUCAAGAAUCUCCAACUAUGACAAGUACAAAGUUCUGUUCAUCUUUGAUGGUCUGGAUGAGUGCCGACUGCCCCUAGACUUCCAGAAGAACAAGAUCUGUUGUGACGUCACAAAGUCAACCUCAGUGGAUGUUCUGCUGACAAAUCUCAUCAAGGGAAAUCUGCUUCCCUCUGCUCUCCUCUGGAUAACUACCCGACCUGCAGCAGCCAAUCAGAUCCCCCCUGAGUGUGUUGACCAGGUGACAGAGGUACGAGGGUUUAAUGACCCACAGAAGGAGGAGUACUUCAGGAAGAGAUUCAGUGAUGAGGACCUGGCCAGCAGAAUCAUCUCACACAUAAAGACAUCAAGGAGCCUCCACAUCAUGUGCCACAUUCCAGUCUUUUGUUGGAUUUCUGCAACAGUCCUUGAACACAUGUUGAAACAUAAGAGAGAAGAGGUGCCCAAGACUCUGACUGAGAUGUACACACACCUUGUGGUGUUUCACACCAAACAGAAGAAUGAAAAGUAUCUUAGGAAAGAAGAGAGCAUUCUGUCACUGGGAGAACUGGCUUUUCAGCAGCUUGUCAAGGGCAAUCUGAUUUUCUAUGAGGAAGACCUGAAAGAGGCUGGAAUUGAUGUCAAUGAAGCCUCAUUGUACUCAGGAUUGUGCACACAGAUCUUUAAAGAGGAAUGUGGGCUGUACCAGGACAAGGUGUACUGCUUCGUGCAUCUGAGCAUUCAGGAGUUUCUGGCUGCUGUAUAUGUGUUCAUCUCAUUCAUCAACAACAAUGAGAAUCUAAUGGCCGAACCUCAAUCAACGUCCAGGAACAUUUUUGCGCUGGUCAGAGACAAGCCUGAAGUUACUUUCUACAAGAGUGCUGUGGAUAAAGCCUUACAAAGUGAGACGGGAAACCUGGACCUUUUCCUCCGCUUCCUUCUGGGCCUCUCGCUGGAGUCCAAUCAGAAGCACUUACAAGGUCUACUGACAAAGACAGGAAGCAGUUCACAGAGCCAUGAAGAAACAGUCAAGUACAUCAAGGAGAAGAUCAGGGAGAAUCCCUCUCCAGAGAGGUGCAUCAAUCUGUUCCACUGUCUGAAUGAACUGAAUGACCAUUCUCUAGUGGAGGAGAUCCAAAGCUACCUGAGAUCAGGAAGUCUCUCAGAAGCCAAACUGUCACAUGCACAGUGGUCAGCUCUGGUCUUUGUGUUGCUGACUUCAGAAAAGGAGCUGGAUGUGUUUGACCUGAAGAAAUACUCCAGAUCAGAGGAAGGUCUUCUGAGGCUGCUGCCAGUGGUCAAAGCCUCCAGAGCUGCUCUGCUGUCAGGCUGUGGAGUCACAGAGAAAAGCUGUGCUUCUCUGGUCUCAGCUCUGAAGUCAAACCCCUCACAUCUGAGAGAGCUGGAUCUGACUAACAAUGACCUGAAGGAUUCAGGAGUGAAGCUGCUCUUUGCUGGACUGGGGAAUCCCCACUGUAAACUGGAGACUCUGAGGCUGUCCCGAUGUCAAGUCACAGAGGAAGGCUGUGCUUCUCUGGUCUCAGCUCUGAAGUCAAACCCCUCACACCUGAGAGAGCUGGACCUGAGCUACAAUCACCCAGGAGACUCAGGAGUCAGACUGCUCUCUGCUAGACUGGAGGAUCCACACUGCAGACUGGAGAAACUCAAUGUGGAACAUGGUGGAGAGUACACAAUGAAGCCUGGACUUAGAAAAUAUGCCUGUGAUCUCACACUGGACCCAAACACAGCACACAGACUCCUCUCUCUGUCUGAGGAGAACAGAAAGGUGACACGGAGGAGACAGAAGCAGCCGUAUCCUGAUCACCCAGAGAGAUUUGAGGACCGUGGACAAGUGCUCUGUAGAGAGCGUCUGACUGGGCGCUGUUACUGGGAGAUAGAGUGGAGUGGGAGUGGGGCUGUUAUAGGAGUGACAUAUAAAGGAAUCAGCAGGAGAGGAGGUAAUGACUGUGGGCUUGGAUGGAAUGACAAGUCCUGGAGUCUGCGCUGCUCUGACAACAGUUACUAUGCCUGGCACAAUAAUGCUCACAUUACCUUAGACGUCCCCCCCUCCAGCUCCCACAGAGUAGGAGUGUAUCUGGACUGGCCAGCCGGCACUCUGUCCUUCUACAGUGUCUCCUCUGACACACUGACCCACCUGUACACAUUCAACACCACAUUCACUGAGCCCCUCUAUCCAGGGUUUAGGGUUUAUGACACCUCUUCAGUGUCCCUGUGUCAGGUGGUCCCUGUGUCAAACACAACAUGAUGUUUCACUCUAAUCAUGGUCAUGUUCAGUAAGACACACUGGAGCAACAAUGUAGAAUAUCUCUCUAGUGUGUAAACAUAUGAUUGUAAAUAUUCAUGAAUAAACACCAUUGACGUUGACAGACAUUGUCAACUAGAGUCAGUCAUUAAUAGAAUGAAUCACCGCACUGUGUUGUAAAAACUGUUUUCAUUUAGAAAUCAUUGAUCUUGUUGUUAUUGGGCUUCUUGGUGUUUGUAAAUAUUGUUGUCUGUAGAAUGUUAAUUUGUCAAAUUCUUGACACAACAAUCCUGUUUCUGUUUCAACUCAAUUCCACUGAACGAAAUAAUAAAUACAGUUAAUCUAAUAAAGUUAAUCAACCAGAUGAAAGAAGAGAAGUGUAAAUGUUUUAAUAUUGAUCAGAAUAUGACAGUACAGUAAUAGAUGAAAGAAGAGAGGUGUAAAUGUUUUAAUACUGAUCAGAAUAUGACAGUACAGUAAUAGAUGGAAGAAGAUAGGUGUAAAUGUUUUAAUAUUGAUCAGAAUAUGACAGUACAGUAAUAGAUGAAAGAAGAGAGGUGUAAAUGUUUUAAUAUUGAUCACAAUAUGACAGUACAGUAAUAGAUGGAAGAAGAGAGGUGGAAAUGUUUUAAUACUGAUCAGAAUAUGACAGUACAGUAAUAGAUGGAAGAAGAGAGGUGUAAAUGUUUUAAUAUUGAUCACAAUAUGACAGUACAGUAAUAGAUGGAAGAAGAGAGGUGUAAAUGUUUUAAU